AUGGUUGACUCCGACUCAGACAUUUUGAAUGCAAUUGAAGGAAUUGCAAGUGUAAAAUUUGAAUGGUACCAACCUAACCCUCAAGCAGUCAGACAACAUGCUGGAUACUUCCCGUUCAUAAAUAAGUCUGACAUUGACUUGACAAGGUAUGGAAUUUACAAUUCAAUUGAAAAAAUUGUCAAUGAACCUUGUAUUCUUACAUGUCUCAGGAACUCUGGUCUUGUUACAGAUGAGAAAAUGAAGUAUCUUGAGUCAUGUGUGAAGACAAGGUACAUUCUUAGGGGUCAAUUGGCAAAAGUUGCACCGUUGGCAAAUGUCAAUAUCCGAGUCAACAUACCUACAGCUAAAGGUUCUUCACAUGACGACUAUGUUGUUGACAAAGACUUACCAUGGUUGAAGAUUGUAAUUGUCCACAACCACUUCAUGUUGAACGAAAGUCUUACAAACCCAUUGUUCGGAAAAGGCAAGUGCAACAUUGUCAGAGCUGUAAACAUUCUUUUCGAGAAAGGUUUGUUGGAACCAAUUCCAGAUGACAAGCUGACAGAAACUUUUGUACCAAAAGACGAAACAAACUUUUCAUUGUUAGCAAGACCAAAAGUUGUUCCAGACAAAGUUCUAGCACAAAAGAAGUACACAGUUCCAAAAGGAGUUGGAUUGUUCGGAUACCAACCUGAACCAGAAGAACUUCCAAUGAGGUUGCAAGAACUUCAAGAUGCUAUAAACAAACUUCCAUUGAGACAUCCAAUUGACGUCAAAUUGUAUUGGAGAGCAUCUGAGUUAGGUCAGAAGGUUUUAUAUGAAACAGGUUGCUUCGACGAUGUUUAUGAGAUAGCAGGCGAAGUUUCUCAGAAGAUAAGAGACUCACUUGAAUUUCCACGAACUGGACCCAUUGGUUGCGACAAGUUCGACUCAGAUGAAAAGAUAUACUAUGUCGACCUUAACGCUGCGUACAUGAGGUUCGUCCAA